AUUUAAGCCAAGUACAUCUUCAUUCUCAUAACUAGUUUCCUUUUCCCUGUGGUGAAGGCAUUGAGAUCUGUUGCAGAGAGGUUUCUGGAGGAUGUACAAGUGGAGCAACCUGUAAUCAGACACUUGGUCGACAUGAGCGUACACUUCUACACAAGUGUUCAGGACUUCGCAACCCGAUUUUUGACAGUGCUGCGCAGACAUUAUUAUGUCACGCCAACCAGCUAUUUGGAGCUCAUAUACACUUUCAAGUCUCUGCUUGCACGCAAGCAGACUGAAAUAUCUAAUCAAAAACGCAGGUAUGAGACUGGUACACUCAAGCUGGAUUCUAGUGAAAAGGAGAUAAAUCUGAUGCAAGUUGAACUCCAAGCACUAAAGCCAAGGCUGCUGCAGUCUACCCAUGAACUGGAGAGCAUCAUGAAAAACGUAGAUGAAGAGACAGUUGAGGCGAACAAAGUACGGGUGGUCGUGAAAGGGGAGGAAGACAUAGCCAGCAAGGCAGCAGCAGCAGCAAAAGCGAUACGUGAUGAAACAGAAAUGGACCUUGCGGAGGCCAUGCCCAUGCUUGAAGCAGCACUAAAGGCACUGGAUACACUGAGCAAGAAUGACAUAUCUGAAUUGAAAGGGAUGAAGAGUCCACCUGCGCCUAUCAAGCUCAUUAUGGAAGCUGUAUGCAUCAUGAAGGGCAUUAAACCCACUCGCGGAAAAGACCCCUCUGGAUUUGGCAAGAUGAUUGACGACUACUGGGAGAGUAGCAAGAAGAUGAUGGCAGAUGCGCAGUUCCUGCAAUCGCUAAAGGAUUAUGACAAGGACAACAUUCCGGCAAAUAUCAUUGCAAAAAUUCGACCAUACACUAACAAUCCUGAUCUUGAGCCAAGCAAAAUUCUGGUGGUAUCGAAGGCGGCAUACGGAAUGUCGUCUUGGAUAAGAGCGAUGGAAGCCUACGAUCGCGUCACACGAGUUGUCGCGCCAAAGAAAGCAGCUUUAUUGGUUGCAGAGGCAGAAUAUGAAGCUAUCAUGGCGAAUCUUAAAAGCAAGCAAGAAAAGCUGCAGACGAUAAUGCGCUCUGCGGCGAAGGGGCUAGCCAAUAGGGCGGAAAUUGGGUACAGCAGCGGUAGAGAUGGUGACUCUACUGCAGUGGUCGACGACGCCAACGGCGACUGGGCUAAAUUUAAGGAAGGAAUGCAGCGGAAGUAUAGGUUGGGGGAUGACCUGCUGACUAUGGCGGACCUAGAGGCAAUGAAUAGGGACGACUUCACCACCAUUGGGGCAUUCCUGCAAGAAUUCAAAAAGAAGGCGAGAAAGGUACAUGGGAUAUCAGAGGAGGCGCAGUGCGCCGUCUUCCUGGGACUGCUCACCGCAUCUGAGACAAUUAAGCUAACAAGCCAUGGGGGAGGAAAUGCCAAACUUACCUGGGCCACCAUUGACGGAGGGGUGGAGGUUGGAGGCCUUGACCAGGUCGAGCAGCACCAGGUGAGGCUACAGAGGCAGAAACGGAAGGACAGGGAUGCGGCUGGGUCGCCAGGAGUAAAGAAGAUCAUAACCGACGUAUUAGCAGGGCUGGACCCGGUGAUACAGCGGAAGGUGACGGCGGCAGUCCAGGAAAAAGGCAAGGGGGCCGUGGUAGAGGAGGCUACCCAGGAGGGAUGGGAAGAAGAGGAGCCGGUACCUCCACACCUUACGAAGGCGGAGCGUAAGCAGCGCAAUGUAGCACAAGGCGGACAAGGGUCAGGAAAGGGCCAGGCGCCUCAAGUAGUGGUAGCGGCAUCUCCGAGCUCGUCCGGGCCGUCAAGUAGUGAGGGCCUGUCGCAAGCACCAGUGCCACCAUUUGGGCACUGGCCGUGGCCCCUAGUUAAUACCUAUGUACCCUGGAGUGGCCCAACGCCGUCUGGACAGGUAAUACCCUAUGCUAGGCCCCAGACAAGUAUGCCACCCACGAGCUACCCGGCCGUCCAAACUCAGCCAGCGGUACCGCCGACCCCAACGCCCACAAAAAGUUUACAAGGCAGUGUGGAGGGUGCUGGUAGUCAAGGCCAAGGGAACCAGGGGAAUGGAGGAAGGGGCGGUGGACGAGGACGUGGCAGGAAUAGCAGUGGCCGAGGAGGCCAAUGGGGCAGUCAAGGCGGCCGAGGAGGCCAAUGGGGCAACCAAGGUGGCCAAGGCAAUCAAGGCGGCCAAGACAGCCAAGGGAAUCAAGGUGGUGGAAGGGCCCGUUUUGACUGGAGAAGUGCCAUAUGCCAACACUGUGAGCAGCAGGGCCACACUAUUAGGUUUUGCAACAUACGGAGAGAGGACGAGAAAAAUGGACUGAUUUAUUCUAAUAUGGAUGGGGACAUUUACGACCAAUUUGGAGAUUUUAUUGAUGGGAAGGCUGGUGGAGUUAGGGCGGAGGCCCAACGAAGGUUGGCAGCACAACAGCCACCCCCUGCCACGUUCAGGCUAUGGCAGGAGAAGGAGGAACUGCCAGUUGGAGUUGAGGAAGUAGGAAGUGACGAGGAAGUAACCCAGAGGCUACAGGCCGGGGAUGUAAGAGAGAAACCCAUAAUCAUCGAGUCGGACGAUAAGGGUGGCGAUGAAGAGGUAGAGCCGACGGUGGUCCUGCUGAAUAAGAUGGAGGACUUAUUGGACAAGGUAGGGAGAUACCAACGGAAGUUGGUAGAUCUCUGCGAGGGAGUGAAGGAGUGGAGGGUUAACCUCCCCAAGGUCUUCCUUUAUGACUCUGGUCCGGAAUCCAUGCCAGGGCGGCGCGGAGUGACCACUGUGGGGACGGGCCCGCGAUCAGGGAUAAUGACUAGGCCCCCUACCCCGCAAGCUAGGCUGGCUCAGGCAGCCCGCACUCGAAGUCAAGCCAAGGCAGGUGCGUGUCAAGAACCUCCUCGGAAGGAACCAGAACCAGAAAGGAGGAAGGAAACUGUAGAGGUAGAGGAUGAUGAUGAUGACGAAGGGGAAGAUGACCGGUUACGUCAGGAAGAAGAUCAAAGGGCCGAACAGCGAGCCAAGAAAAGAGAAAGUCGUGGAGAGGCCGAACCAGUUAUGCAAGAUGUACCACCAAAGAGGAAGAAGUAUGCGGUCCGGCUAGAGGAAGGAUUUGAUGUGGAACGAGUGAUCGACAGGCUGCUUGAGGGCCAUAAUGACUUGAUGACCCUUAAAGAGAUCCUGGCAUCCGCGCCAAGGCUCCAAAACGAGCUGAAGGGUAGACUGUCAAGGCGGUUGGUACCAAAUGUUCACCUCAGCGUGAUCCUGCCCAAGGAGAUGGAAUGGGCAGAGCCAGGGACGAAAAUGGAUUGGAAGUGUGUGGCUUGUGGCGUGGUGGACCUAGUGGUGAAAGGCUGUAAGUGCACGGCCAUAGUAGAUACGGGGGCCGAAAUGAACAUUAUUCGGGAGGCCGAUGCCGUCAGAUUUGGACUAGAGAUAGACCGCUCGGACUGCGGCAUCCUGCACGGGGCCAACAAUAAGGCUGUGUUUUGUGGAACAGCCUCGAAUGUGCUACUAGAGAUUGGCAGGGUGAAAGCGCGGGCCUGUUUCUUUGUGAUGCCCGAUGUGGACCAUAGUAUACUCCUGGGGAGGUCCUUCCUAUGCAGGACAGAGACCUUGAUGUAUAAUAAGCAUGAUGGGUCAUUAAUCUUGAUUUUAUGUGACCCAGCAUGUGGGAAUUACGAAGUGAUUACCUGCCGGAACACUGGGUCAAGGUGCCUCAGGAACAGGCCCAACCCUGGCUCUUUCACGAUUGAGGAGUCAGAAGAUGCGCAUCGGAGGCUUAGGGCAGAACCCGAGGAGGAAGUAGAAGGAGAAGCCUUCUCGCUCAGCCUGUCGGAUGUGGGAAAGGCCAUGGAUAUAGUGGCCACGCACGAGAUGGCCGAUCCGGAUGCCAUUCAGGCGCUGAGGGAGCAGGUUCUGGAGUAUCCCCAGAUAGGGAAAAUGGAGUUGGUCUACCGGCUUCCUAAGGGGGGAAUGGAUCCGGCGGUGGCGCAGACACAAGCACGAGCGGCAAUUCCCGUUCUGGUGACCGAAGACGAGGAGGUGUACUACGAACGGGAGCGAGCGUUGAUACGGCGGAUGAGGAAAAAUGCAUCAGAAGGGCCAUGCCGUAUCAAUGAGGAAAAUGAAGGGAAGUUGAUAGUGGGAGAACCAGACUUCCUACUACCGCGGGAAAGAGCCCUGAUGGUGGAGCUGAUGAAGAAAAGACAUUGCACCUAUGCGUUCAGCGACGAGGAGCGUGGCCGGUUGGAUGUGGACAAGAUUCUAAUGAUCCGCAUCCAUACCGUGCCGCACGAGCCAUGGAAUUUAAGAGGGGCGCGAUACCCAGAUCCGGACGAAGAGAAGAAGGUAGUGGACUACCUCGAUGGCAAAAUACGUACGCACGUCGUCGACUACUCAAGCGGACCCUACGCAUCCCCGUGGUUUUGUUUUAUUAAGCCUAAUGGAACACUAAGGUGGGUACAGGACUUGCAGAGGCUGAAUGCGGUGACCGUACGGGAUGCAGGUGGGCUGCCAAAUGCUGAUGCACUAUCGGAAUUGUGCGCUGGGAGGCCGAUAAUUUCACUUAUUGACCUCUACUCCGGAUAUGACCAGUUUCCGGUCUACCCGCCGGACCGACCAGUGACAGCUAUGCACACGCCUCGAGGGCUUAUCCACAUGAAUGUGGCUCCGCAAGGGUGGACGAAUGCGGUGGCAAUGGUCCAGAGGAAUAUGAUCCAGGUCAUGCAGACAGUUAGUCCACACAUCACGCAGCCGUACAUCGAUGACCUGACAGUGAAAGGGCCGCGAAAAAGGGAGGACGAUGAGGCCCUGCCUGGAGUAAGGCGGUUUGUUUGGAAGCACGUUCAAGACCUUGAUAAAGUCUUGGGCUUGCUUGAGGAGUACAACCUUACAGCCAGUGGGCCUAAGUCUAAGCACUAUAUGAGGGAAGCGACUAUCUUGGGGUUCGUCUGUAAUGAGCACGGUCGGCGGCCGGAUGUUAAGAAGACGGACAAGAUAGUUGAGUGGCCGGUGCCAUUCCGUUCUGUAACAGAUGUAAGGAGCUUCUUAGGUAUGUGUGGGUUCUGGAGGUCUUUCGUCAAGAACUUUGCGGCAAAGACAGAGCAAUUGAGGAAGCUGGUCCGUCAGGAUCAAGAAUGGACCUGGGGUGAGGAUCAGGAAGAGGCCGUGGCCAACAUGAAAGAGGAGUUCCGGGAAGGAGGAUUGGUGCUGGGAGCGCCCGAUUAUGACGCUACGGAAACGAGACCAUUCAUUGUGGAGACCGAUGCAGGACCGACGGCCUUGGGUGGAGUUCUAAUCCAAGCAGACGUCAAGGGGAAGGAGAGGCCGUUGCGCUUUGAGAGUCGCACGCUAUCCAUGCCAAGAGGAGGGAGGGGGACACGGCCACCACGACGGUCGGCGGGAGCAUCAGGAGGGCAUGGACGGCAUGGGCCUUACCGUCGAGCAAGCACCCCGGUGUAUGAUGAUGGGGAUAUCGAGUUAUUCAUGGACGAGUUCUGGGGACACGCUGACCAUGUGGGGUGGACCGUGACUCAGACGAUCGAGAGGUUGAGGGGAGUUGGCAGGUUUAUGGAGCCCAUCGCACAUAUUCGCAGGGAGGCUCGAACGAGGUCGGAAGUGGAGGCACGGAUGCAGGAACUGCGACUGUCGCCUGUGGGUCCUGAUGGCAGACCUAUUCAGCUAGCGAUUGGGAUUGCAGAGGAGUUCAUCCCAGCAUUCGAGCAAUUCAUGCAGAACCAGGGAAUACUGCGAAGCGAGUGGGUGAUGACAUUACCCCUGUGGACCCGAAAGGCGGAAAGACCUUUGGCCAGACAGAUCAGGAACAUGGCCCGAGAUUGGGAUGGUUGUAGAGCGCACUUGAGGGCGGCAUUCCGACAGCCAGAACCACCUCAGCCUAGAGUCGAAAGGCGCCUCAGGAGCGGCAGGCAGAGGGAACCUGAGCCCGCUGAGGACCGAACCUCGCGGAGAGGACGGAAGGCGCUUGCUAGGCGGGAAGAGGAGGACGUGCCUGAGGUAGAACGACAGGAGGAGCACCUCGAGGGUGGACUGGGGCCAGUAGAGUUCCACCGCUAUACUGGAGGAGGACUGGGGAAAACGCCACAGCAUAUGCAGGAAGAGAUACUGGCUGUUGAAGGGUCAUUGCAAGCGUUGGAGGCACACCUGGACGCUGCCCAGUGGAGAGAGCCGCCGAUGAGUGAGAGGCGCCUUGAGACUGUCGCGGAAGUACCACAAGAGGACGUUCAAGGCCCUGAACAAGAGGAGGGGCCGAGUGCUACAAAAGGCCGGAUUGGGGAUGAGAUCAUAAACGUUGAGGAGGACACUCCCCCUCAGGGAUCAGCCGUGGGCCUGAGGCUUGGUGGUCCACUCGAGAGCCCGCCAGAUACGAGGAAGAAAGUACAAAGGGAGGAAGUCUCGAUAUCGGUGCCAGAGACAGCCCUAUCGCCGACAGGAAUAGAGGCAAGUGAGGCGGAGGGGGCCAGCCUGAGGAGGGAGGCAGACAGUCUGAUUGAUAGCCCUUUGGCCGCCCACGCUCUGGAGCAGCCUAAUCUGGAAGAGGUCAUACCUGUGGAGUCACCCCGGGAACCAGAUCAAGCCGAGAGAGAGGUGGAAGCAGGGAUCCCAGGGGAAGUCGAACGACGCACGAUAGAGGAAGUACCAGCGAAAGAAACGGCUGAGGAGAAACGGGCUAGAGUGGCAAGACGCUGGGAGGAAAUCCGGCAGGAGGGGCAAAGAUUGGAAGCGGCAGGGGUACUCUCAAGUCCGCCACCGCCCUAUAAACCAUAUGGGCUCGGGGAGAUAUGGGGAGAGUUUCUUGCUCAUCAUGGCGAAGGGUUGACGACCCCAGGCAAGGCCGAGGUUGAAACUUCACAGAGAGCUGAUGAGUAUUUGGAUCAGAGGAUUUGCUCCGUAUCCAAGACCUCCUUCGACAGGCAUAUGAUGCUGGAGGCAGAUAUGAGAGGGAAGGAACUGAAGGAAGCAGGGCUGGAGUCGCAGUUGGUGACUAUUGAGGCAUCCGAGAACUCAAGGCUCUGGGAUGGGGCGGAGAGUAGCAGGCCAGGCGAGCGGAGGCAACUGGGACAUGACGUAUCAGGGCAACCAGCUGUGGCUGAGCCUCAGCAAGAGGCACCUAUAGGAAGAGUCAUUUUGGAGCCUGAGGAGGCAGAGGCCAAGAGGAAGGAUGAAAGGGAAGCCUUCGAAUUCAGAGCCCCUACGGAGCUUCCGGUGCUACCCACGAUGGCUGCGGACCCUGCCAUGCCACCGUCACUUGAGGAGAGACUGCCCUCGGCCAGUGAUGAGCCUCCCCAAGGAUCGACAGGAGGAUCCUUGGACGUGCUACUGGAAGCAGUCCACUCUGUGCAGGAGGUUGCUGGUUUGUUUUCAUCAGAGUCCAAGUUGGAAGAUCCCCUGGAAAGCGAGAUGGGAGGUGCAAUGGAGGGCAUCAUCGCAGGCAGGCCCCAGAGGUUGGAUACUCCUGACUAUGAGCCAGAGGGAGCAAGGGCGCAACCAGGGCCCAGUCCGCGAGAGUCGGAGGCAAGAUCUGAGAGACCCAGAGAUGUGCCUCAGUGCCAUGAGUUGGACGGAGAAGCYAGGGAAACCCCAUYGCCAGCAGGGCCCCAGCRGAAGAAGAAAAGGYCUAGGAAGUCGUUUGACUCGACCUGCUUCUAUUGUACGAAGGAAGAGCACAGGGCAUUGCAGUGCCUCAAAUUCCUAAAGGACCAGGCAGACGGGAAGGUCUCGGAGUAUGAUGGGAAGAUGUAUGAUAGGCAGGGUAGAGUGGUGGAACGAGCUGUAGAUGGGGGUAGAGCUCAAUUGUUUUCGGGUAGCGGGGCGCCCUUGCCGGACCUCCUUGAGACGAGAUUGGCGGUGUGUUAUACCUUUGGGGAGCUGCUGGGGCGCCACUGUACUGUGUACAAGCUGCACCCGGCCACGGACUCUAGGGGGCUAGGAGACCACGCAAAUGGGAUUGAGCAGGUUCUGCAACAGGGCUGCUGUUAUGAGGAGGGAGUGAGAUCGCUGCUGCUUUCGGAGGUUGAGAGCCGUCUCGCCCAGCUUGACGAAAAGCUGCAUGACACAAAGGAAAGCAGGGACACCCUCGAGGCAGAAGUCGAACUUUGUACAAAGAAGAUCGAGAGAGCGACUCAGCUAAUUUCUGGAGUUGGGACCGAAAAGUCAAGGUGGACGUUGAGGGCAGCGGAGUACGAUCGUAUUUUCAUCAAGCUUACGGGAGAUGUCGUUUUGGCCUCUGGCUUCAUUGCGUACCUCGGAGCAUUCACACCAACCUUUCGCGAUGAUUGUCUAUUUGAUUGGGUGAAGCUGUGCAAAGAAAAGAAGAUACCUUGUAGCGAUCCCUUCUCAAUGGCGACUGUGCUGGGAGACCCGGUCAGAAUCCGAACCUGGCAUAUUGCAGGCCUGCCAAAGGACACAUGCAGCAUUGACAAUGCACUGAUCAUAUCAAAUGCAAGGCGCUGGCCACUCAUGAUUGACCCGCAGGGUCAAGCAAACAAAUGGAUAAAGAACAUGGAGAGCGAGCACGGGCUAAUGACGACAAAACAAACGGAUCCUGAUUUUAUGAGGCGGCUGGAGACUGCAGUUCAGCUUGGGACACCCAUGUUGCUGGAGAACAUCGGCGAAGACGUGGACCCUGUCCUUGAGCCUCUGCUUCUGAAACAGAUAUUCAAGAGCCAGGGGACUAUGUGCGUGCGUAUCGGAGAUGCCACAAUUGAAUACUCUCCUGGAUUCCGCUUUUACAUGACAACAAAGAGGGCAAAUCCUCACUACACUCCAGAGUUAAUAACAAAGGUUGCACUGCUCAAUUUCAUGAUCACCCCAGAAGGACUUUUUGACCAGAUUCAAGGGAUUGUUGUGGCAAAAGAAAGACCAGAGCUGGAGGAGGAAAAAAAUGCAUUAAUUGUGCAAGGAGCUGAAAAUAAAAGGCAGCUACAGGAAAUUGAGGACCAGAUACUUGCUGUCCUCUCAACGGAAGGAAACAUUCUAGAGAAUGAGAGUGGCAUUCAGGUUCUGUCUGCAUCGAAAAUUCUCGCCGAUGACAUCUCAGCCAAGCAAAAGGAGGCUGAAGAAACAGAGGAGAAGAUUGACGAGGCUCGCGCCGGAUACACGCCUGUCGCAAAGCUGGUUUCCAAUCUCUUCUUCUGUGUCUCAGAUCUGGCGGGCAUCGAGUCCAUGUACCAGUACUCUCUGUCCUGGUUCAUCGACCUCUUCGUCAAAUCAAUCAUCAAUAGCGACGCAUCGCUGUACUUAUCAAGACGUCUUCUCAUUUUGAACGAGCAUUUCAUGUACUCACUUUAUGUGAACAUAUGCCGCUCACUGUUUGAGAAAGACAAACUCUUGUUUGCCUUCCUUAUGUGCAUAAAGAUUCUGAAUAGCGAUGGGAAGGUCGAUAGUGAUGAGGUUCGGUUCCUGCUUACGGGGGGUUUGGUGCUGGAGAAGCAACCCGAGAGGCCAGCAGGCCCUCAAGCAGCGUGGAUCAACGAUAAAAUGUGGGGAGAGAUAACCCGCCUGUCGAAGAUGGACUCAUUUCUAGGUCUCGACAAUCACAUUGUUGAAUACGUGGACAAAUGGCGAGUCAUCUAUGACAGCAUGGAGCCACAGCUGGUGGUGGCAGUGACACGCUACAUAAUCGAUCACCAAGGCCUUCGCUUUGUGGAGCCUCCACCACUUAACCUGGAGUCCUGCUACAAUGACUCAGCCACAUCAACGCCGUUGAUCUUCAUGCUCUCACCGGGAUCGGACCCGAUGUCCAUGCUCCUGAAGUUUGCCGCGGAUCAGGGAGUUCGCAUGGAAACGGUCUCGCUGGGACAAGGACAGGGUCCCAUUGCAGCACGAAUCAUUGCGGAGGCAAUACAAAAUGGGUCUUGGGUGGCUCUGCAGAAUUGCCAUCUGUGUGUCUCAUGGAUGCCGACGCUCGAACGAAUCUGCGAGACGGAAUUGGUGUCUGACAAAACUGACAAGAGGUUCCGACUGUGGCUGACGAGUUAUCCGUCAGAUGCAUUCCCUGUCUCUAUUCUUCAGAAUGGCGUGAAAAUGACAAACGAGCCGCCCAAGGGCCUCAGAGCGAAUCUCCUUGGCUCAUACCUCACUCAUCCGAUUGCCGACCCCGAGUUCUUCGAUGGAUGUACCAAGGGGCCAGAAUGGAGGAAAAUGCUGUUUGGACUCUGUUUCUUCCAUGCUUUUGUCCAGGAGCGAAGGAAGUUUGGAGCGCUUGGCUGGAACGUUGCGUAUGAGUUCAAUGAAUCUGACCUUCGAAUAAGCGUAAGGCAGUUGCACAUGUUUCUGGACGAAUACCCGACAGAGGUGCCGUACAAGGCAUUGAGGUACCUGACUGGAGAGUGCAACUAUGGGGGAAGGGUAACUGACGACCAUGAUCGGCGCACACUUACAACAGUGCUGAGCACCAUCUACUGUGAGGAUAUACAUUCUUCCAGCUAUACCUUGUCAGAAUCAGGCAUAUACAAGAUUCCACCUGAUGGUGCGUAUGAAACAUAUCUGGAAAGUAUCAGAAAACUUCCAAUGCAGCCAAAACCGGAAGUGUUCGGGUUCCACGAGAAUGCAGACAUUACAAAGGACCUCAAUGAAACAAAUCUCCUUCUCAACUCUCUCCUCCUCACUACUGCUGCCUCUGGAAACACGCGAUCCUCUAAGCCAACGAGAGGACGGGCAGGUGCGAUGGCUCACAGAAGCGGCAGCAUUAAGGCCGCACCGGGCAGUACUUCGACCAACCAACCAGCUAGUAGUACUUCAACAGGCCAAGCAGUUGUCGCGAAGAAGAACGCCAAAGAAGACCUUCUCGACAGCAUCGCUGCCGACAUAUUAGCCAAGCUUCCUGGCGUGUUCGACGUUGAGUUCGCCACACUGAGGUACCCUGUAGUUUACCUGGAAUCCAUGAACACUGUUCUCUGCCAGGAGCUGCUUCGUUUCAACCGUCUGAUUGCGACUGUCAGCCAAACACUCGCUGAGCUUCGGAAUGCCGUAAAAGGUCUGGUUGUAAUGUCAGCAGAGUUGGAAAAGCUCGGGAACUCACUUUACGAUGGCAAAGUUCCCGCAUUGUGGGCGGCCAGGAGUUAUCCGUCCAAAAAACCUCUCGCAAGCUACGUUGCCGACUUGCUGAGCCGAAUCACAUUCUUCCAGACAUGGAUAUCUGAAGGCCCACCAGUCAUCUAUUGGCUCCCAGGGUUCUUCUUCACUCAGUCCUUCCUAACGGGUAUCAAACAGAACUUUGCACGGCACUAUACAAUCCCAAUCGACAUGGUUGACUUUGACUUCGUUAUCCAGGACAAUCAAGUGAAGGAGGAGCUGGAAACGCAACCCAAGCCUGACGAUGGAGCCCUGGUCUACGGAAUGUUCCUGGAAGGUGCACGCUGGGACCUGGAGAAGCAUAUCCUUAACGAGUCACAGCCAAAAAUACUGUACACGAGUGCCCCGAUCAUUUGGAUGAUUCCAAAGGAACUCUCAAAGAUGACAGACUACCCGCACUACGAAUGCCCUCUCUACAAGACGAGCGAUCGCCGGGGAGUUCUAUCGACCACUGGCCACUCGACCAACUUCGUGAUGGAGUGUCGACUUCCUUCCGACAAACCGCAAGCCCACUGGAUAAAGCGAGGAGUUGCGCUUCUUACACAACUCGAUGACUAAAGGACAAAAAAAUGGUGGUGGUGGUAGAGGGGGGGGGGGGGG